GAUUUACAUUAACAAAGGGAAACGUCCUGCAUUAAUGAUCGGGCAUGCCAUCGAUCAUUGCUAUCGCUAUUCUGGGUCUCUUGAUGAGAUUUCAUCCCGCAAUUUGUUUAGAAGCGGAAAGAGAAGACGAUCGGUGUGAGAUAAUGAUGAAGAGGAUCAUUGCCGAAGAUAGAACAAUUAUUACGGAUAAUACCCCAUAUAGAUUGCACUCGACUUGGUUAUCGGAGCAAUGCGAGACACGGGCUGGUUCCAAGUACAUUAUAAGAAAGUACAGUUUCUUCGAAAAUGGAACGUUCCUCCUGUUGCAGUACCAUUAUGCAGAAGAAUCUUGCAGCAUCGCGACGUAUACCGUGGUAGCUCGUGGUUUUAUCAAAAUCUUGUCAACUUCAAUCGCGGUCCCAGGUGCUACAGAAGCGAAUGUCCAAUUAAUUUCAGUUCACAUGAUACCGCUUAAUAGACAGAUCGCUCAUAAAUUUGGACACAAGAUGAAUUCGAGUUGCGGGGGUAUUGAAUCAAAAUGGCGGCCAUAUAUAGCAGAACUUAUUUAUGAACACUCAGAUUUUCCAUCGACCGAUUACGAACUGAAUUCGAAUUCUCUCCAAAGUCGUUUACUACGACCCAGAAGAAGAAAUACAUUGGAUUGCUUAGAAUCUUUCGGCAUCGAAUUUACCGAACUCAGGUUGCUUCGAGUAGAGACGAAAGGACGAAAGCAAGCGGAUAAAGAGCGUAGAAGAGUAGAAUUAUUACUCGGUGAACUGACUCGAAACGUUCGUUCCGAAAGCACUCCGAAUCGGCUGCAAUCCACAGCGUUGUUACGCGCUGAUACCGCUCUUGAUUGCCCGAUUUGUGGCAGCGUGUUUCGUGCCACCGAAUCCAGUCCACCCUUGUUUCACCAAGCUCCAUCGUUUCCAGCGGUGAUCGGUGGUCGCUGGCUGAGCGUUAGAUGUGAAAGCGUCGAGGGAGGAUUCUGGUCGAAGAGAUUCUUCCGAAUUUACUCUGAGAAUAAUCGAUGGACCGCUCGUUGGACGUACUACACCGAUCCCACGUGUUUGAAUUCCUUGUACAUGGUGACCGCAAGUGGCAUUUAUAUUCAGAGAGCAUUCGGCCAGAAACAACGACUGUUUACCACUCGAAACUCUGAACAAUCGAGCAGAAAGACGUUCAGCGACCACAUUGUUUCGGAUAGGUUGAAGAAAAAUCUGAUUUUUUCUUUCACUCGAAAAGGCGUUGCGUUACCCUCUGGUAUAACAGAACUGGAGUUACAGAUUGUCGAGAGUCUGUCGAUUCCUGUCAGUAACGCUGUGUCGACUCUUUGUAAUAGAAUUAUGAAAAGAAGCAGAGGAACGAAGAGAACGAAAGGAGCGUCAACGAAAUCAGGGAAAAGGUUCGUUCUGAAUUUAUGGUCGAAGAGCUGCAUGCCACAAACUGUUAAGGCUCCAGCAACUUUGUUAUUCAAAGCAAGAGUUAGCCUCGAUUGGAACGGGGAUUACAUACUACUUCUAGCUUCGUCGAAAGAUGAUCAUUGGAACGCUCCUCUUCGUCGAUGUUCCGGAACAGCAGCACGAAAUUACUUUCGAACGGAGAACAGUCCUCGCGGUUCUUUACGCGAGCAUUUGUACCACUUGCAGUUUUCUGCAGCACGGAGUCAGUAUAAGAGACUGAGUCGACACGGACGACGUUGGUUCUCUUCUUCCUUCACUUCUUAUUUUUCGACAAGCAGUGCCAUGCUUGCGCACCCAACGCUGUUGCUUCUUUUAUACUGUUUCCUUAUGUUUAUUAUGGAAUGAUAAAAGAGCG